AUGUCAGCAACAAUGAAUGUCGAUUUAUUUUCACAAUAUUUUAAUCAAGCACCGAUUUUAUAUCUUCAAGGACAACAAUAUCCUAUCGAUGUUUUUCAUGUUCAAGAAUCUCAAACAGAUUAUAUUUAUGCUUCACUGAUUAUCCUAUUUCAGAUACAUCGUUUGAUACCACUCCAUGAAGGUAUACUCAUUUUUCUUAUUGGUCAAGAUGAAAUCGAUUCAACAUGUAAAAUAAUAAAACCAAUUCUUGCCAAUAGUAGUUCACAUAAAAAUGGUACGGAACCAUUAGAAUCAUUUGUGGCUCUUCCACUCUAUGCAAAUAUGACUACUGUCAAACAAAUGCUUGUCUUCAAACAAACAUCUCCAGGUAAAAAAAAAGAAAUGUUUAUUAUAAAGAAAAAGAAGAAAAUCAAUUCA